AUGGGUACAUGUUCAUCAUCUUCAUCAUCAUCUAAAGCUCCUAUCAUCAAAUCAAAAGUAGUAAAAAACUACAACCAAUCGGCUAUGGUGAUAGAUCUCGACGGUUAUGCCCAAGAGUUCAAACAUCCAGUCAUGGCGCGACAAGUCCUCUCCAAGAACAUCGGUUGUCUAAUCCUAUGCAACUCGGAAACCUUAAACAUCGGUUGUUGGGCGCAGGCCAUGGCCGAGGAAGAAGAACUUAUGUCGGGUCAUAUUUACUUUCUCAUGCCAAUGUUGAAAUCACACUCACCGGUUUCUUUACAUGAAUUGUGUUCUAUGGCCAUUAAGGCUAGCAAAGUACUUUAA